GCACCAGAGGUAAACAUUCUUCCUGAUCACCCGAGCGGGGUAAUGAGAGCAGAUUUGUUAGGUUCAUCUGAGUCAGCAGCAGACAGAGAGGAAGUGGGGUUCCCACAGAUCAGAGAUCCAGAAGCUUGCUUUUCUCCACCUCCAAGCUCUUGAACCAAAACCUGUUCUUCAACUCAGUUGAGAUGUUUGUGUCAGCUGACCGUUCACUGGCUCAUUACUAAUUGUCUUCAGUGUGAGGGACUCAGUCAGUCAUUGGUUGCUCUGCUGCCUCUGCGCUGCUCACUUUCUAACCACAUCUUCUCUCUUGGACGAAAGAGGGGAACAUGAAAGAAGAUCUGGAAGCGCCUCUGUCUGCUGGACAUGAAAGCUUUGCCAUCAAGUGCCGGGAUGUGUGCCGGUCGUAUGGGAAGCUAAAGGUCCUCACCAACCUGAACCUGACCGUACCACAGGGACAGAUUUACGGCCUUUUGGGUCCCAGCGGAUGUGGCAAAACAACGCUUUUAAAAUGCAUCGUUGGAACACUGAAAAUAUCCAGAGGACACAUCACUGUGUUGGGGAAACCGCCUGCAUUUCCCGGACAUGAGGUUCCUGGGAAAAUGGUUGGAUACAUGCCACAGGAGCUGGCUCUGUACAAUGAGUUCACCAUUAGCGACACCUUGACUUUCUUUGGACGAAUCCAUGGUCUGACAUCAAAGGAAACCCAGGCGCGCAUGGACUUCCUCAUCGACUUCCUGCAUCUACCUCAGAAACACAGCCUGGUCCGAAAUCUCAGCGGGGGUCAAAGGAGAAGGGUGUCCCUGGGAGCUGCUUUGUUGCAGAACCCUGAGCUGCUCAUCCUGGAUGAGCCCACAGUCGGAGUGGACCCUGUGCUUAGAGCUAAGAUCUGGCAACAUCUGGUGGAGAUUGUGAAAACGGGGAAAGUCUCUGUCAUCAUUACUACGCAUUAUAUAGAGGAGGCCCGGCAAGCCAAUGUGGUCGGUCUGAUGAGAAACGGCCACUUGCUGGCAGAAGGUCCUCCAGAUGCUCUCAUGAAGCAGCACUGUGCAACAACCCUGGAGCAUGCCUUCCUGCAGCUGUGUGAGACGUCGGACCAGAACUCCACCCAGGAAUCUAGCUCAGAGAGCGGCACCCUAGAGAAAGACCAAACUUUUCCAAAUGGCCGGGAUGAGAGUGAGCCGAUUCUCGCAGUCGGACCGCCGCCUGUAGAAGAAGUUCCUAAAUGUACAGUGGACUGGAAGGAGCGUGCCAGACACAUACUGCCGAAGGGGAGGAACAUCGGAGCGUUGGUCAUUAAAACGAUGGUGCGGAUGAAGAGAAUGCCGGGCUCGCUGUGUUUCCAGUUCCUGCUGCCCGUCAUCCAGAUCUCUCUCAUCUGUUUAUGUGUGGGCGGAGAUCCGAAGGGGAUCAAGGUUGCCGUGGUGAAUAACGACACUAGCCCUGCGUCCUCCUCCUACAGCCAGUCACUGCUCUCCUUUCUGGAUAACUCCAGCGUCAUUCAGGUUCCUGUCACCCAUAACGAGGCUUUUGAAGGAGUCUAUAAAGGAGAGUACUGGGGCGUCAUCGGCUUUGGACAGAACUUCACCAGUUAUUUAACUAAACGGAUUCUGCAGCGGCAGGUUUCCAAAGAAGUGAUCGAUGGUGGAUCAGUGCACGUCUGGUUAGACCUAACAAAUCGACAAAUCGGCCUGAUGUUACAGAAGCAGCUGCACCAGGCUUUUCAGGCUUUUAUCGAUUACAAAUUGGGCAGUGCGGCGUACUUGGCAGCUCUACCAAUAAAAUUCGAAGAGCCGAUCUAUGGAAGUCUAAACACGGAUUUUACUACCUAUGUGACCCCAGGAGCUGUCCUCAGCAUCUCCUUCUAUCUGGCUGUGGGACUGACAGCGCUCUCUUUUGUCCUGGAGAGGAAGGAGGGACUCCUGGACAGGUGUUGGGUCGCAGGUGUGAGCUCCAUGGAGACCAUGUUGGCUCACCUCUUCUCCCAGCUGUUUGUCAUCAGUGUCCAAAUCGUCCUGAUGCUCCUCUUCAUCCUGCUUGUCUUCAAGAUCCCGAACGAAGGCUCCUUGUUUCUAGUUGUAUGUCUGAUCGUGCUCCAGGGCGUCACGGGCAUCUCCUUCGGCCUCGUCAUCUCGGCAGGGAUUGAUGACGAGCAGAGCGCCAAUCAAGCCGCCCUGGGCAUUUUCUACCCGAACCUUAUCCUGAGCGGUAUCAUUUGGCCUGUGGAGUGCAUCCCUUAUCCUCUUCGCUACCUUAGUCUGGUUCUUCCUCAGACCUACGCCUCAGAAUCACUUCGCUGCAUCAUGUACAGAGGCUGGGGGCUGUCUGAGAUGAUGGUUUGGAGAGGUUUUGCUGUCACCCUUGGCUGGAACACCUUCUUCUUGAUCCUGGCCACCGUCAUCCUAAAGCUGAGGACGUGACAGCCUCCUUCUCCUUGGAGGAUGUCAUCCUGAGCAGGACGCAGAGAUUUCAGAUUCAGGAGCCGAUGACAAUCCUUGGACCUCCUGUUUGUGGAGGAGGCACAGCAGCAGAAAUCAAGAGAAAAAAAACACAAAACAGGGAGGAGGGGAAAGAUUUACUGUGGUUUAAAGGACUGAUAGGUUGAUGUAUCAGUCUCCCUCCUCCUGAUCAUCUCUAUGAUACACACUAACACACACACACACUCUCUGUUCCUGCAGGGGUUGGUUUGGCCUGUUCCAAGUCUAAAUUCAAGAAACUUCAAGUAGAAACUAAGCAGUAGCAGUUUCUGGUUCUACCUGCAGCUUCUUGAACACAUGUGAACAGCCAUAAACCAACUCAGGGCCACUUUCUGUUUGCCUUUUAGACUUUAAUACUGAGAGUUUUUUGUUUGUUUUAAACUUUAUUUUAGAAUAAAUGAAGGUUGUGCCGUUCAUUUUUGAUAUAAAAAGAAAAUAUAAAUUUCUUGACUGUAACUGAUGGGUAUUUUUUAAGGCUCUGCCAUCUAUAUGACAUUAAAACUUAGAUGGGCCUUGAUGAAAAUGAAGGAUUUUUUUUUUUAUAGAGGAGGAGUCUGAGCACAAGAAAAGGAGAAAAAAAGGCCUCAUUUCUAAGCAGGAAAUUGAGGAAAUUAUUGCACAAUGUAACGUGAAUGCAGAUGAAAGUGAAAAAGUGAUUAUUUCUUUAUAUAUUACUUAACCUAUCUUUUUUUUUUUUGCUUCUUGCUUGUUAUAUUUCUGUGGAGCCUAUUGCCCUGUCUGGAUUUGAAAGGAAGCGGUAACUGUUUGAUCUCGCUGCGUUACCAGGUGCUCACAUGUCCUUCUUCAGCUCCGGUUGAUUGUGUCUCUUAUAAAUCUGUGCCUGUAUCUCCUAAAGCAGGGGAAUUUUGGUGAUGGGAAAAAAAACUCUUUUUUCUGUCCUUUUCUGAUGCUUUUGAUGAACUCUCUACUUUGCCGGACAGAGUUGAAGCUGUUCUCAAACUGUCAGCAUCCAUGCCGUCAUGUUAUUAUUAUUUUUUUUACAAAAAAAAGAUCCAAAAAAAGAAAUAUAUUUUAUGACAUUUUGCUUUAAGAAUCAUAGAGAAUCUAAACACACAGGAGUAAGGCUUUUAGGGGUUUAACACAAAGAUGGUGUCAAGGCUGGGAGAAAAUCAGAGAAAAUAAGAAGCUGGGAUGAAGUUUGUAGGUCAGAAACCUGUUUUCCUAUCAUGCAACUGUAGUCAAAAAGUCACGUUUCGAAUAACGAAUAAAGAUACUUUGAGAUGGUGAGUUAAAAUUUAUCAUGAUAAAAAAAAAAUACAAUCAGAUCAUUUGAAAAUGCUUGACACCAGUGAGCGAAACUCUCCUCUAACCAUUAAGGUGGUUUUGAUCCAGCUUCCAUGUGCAAUGUAGUUCACCACUCAGAGCAACAUGACUGAAGGGGCGUCAAAACAACUUCACAUCCAGAAGGGGAUUUCUGUCACAUAUUUGCAUUAUCUAAACAGCUAAAAAUUGUAGCUGUUGUAGACUGCUAAUGUCUUAAUCUGUAUUUCUCCAGGCUCUCCGAAAGCAUUUAACGAUUGUUUUUUGAGCUUUGGCUACUAAUCAGUCCUUAAAUUAAUUUUACAGCAAUCAAAUGUGCUUAUAUUUAUAGAACAGAGAGAAAUCUAUUUU